UUCAGGAGAUGGAGAGCAAGUGCAUUCUGAAUAUCCUGUUCCUUGGAUGGUUUUCUGCUGUAUGGUUUUGCACCCGACUAGUUGAUGUGAGCGUGCCCGUCUCUUCCGUACCUUCCCAUCGCAUAAGAAGUGCAAUCGCCUCCACAGUUUUUCAUUGUCCAUUCACACUAACUUUGGAGAAGCAGCGGAACGAUGGGCCAAAGGAGAAAAUCAUGAUUGAGGGAGGACGUGGUACGAUGUUCCUAUACCGCGAAAAAAUAGCCGCCAUAUUCUCACAUGUCAGAGAUGCAAAUCUCGUCAUACAAUGGUUUAUUGGACAAAUACGUUUGGAUCACAUCUUGGUCGAUGUUCUUUCAUUUGAAUUUGUUUGGCUUGCCCUCCUCUGUUCUUCGGUUGUGAGCGUUUUUACGCAGCUCUUUAUAUUCGAACCCUUUCUCAAAGUGAAGCAUGCACCUGCUGGUUAUCUACGCGAAGCACAAAGUGGAGAAGCAGCUUACAUUAACACUUUAUUGAGACGCUUCGUAAUAGAGAAGCUUCUGAUGCUUGCCUAUGUGAUUGUCAGAAACCCACAAGUAAACGACAAACUGACAUUCAGUUCGAGGAGAGUGUCGAUUUUUGAUUGGUCUCAUCGUGUCACGGAUGCGUCGGUGUUUGCGAUAUGGUUCAUUGUCGUAUGGUCAGUGACGUCAGUGACGACAGCGGCAAAUCAGCGAUUCGAGCUAAUUAUUGGCAUCAAUCUCAAAGAGGAUAAUGCAGAAAACGAGAAGAAGAAGCAAGCAAAAUCGAAGAAAAAGCCAAACAAGGAAAAACAUACAAAAGACUCCACUUUCACUGAGGAAGAAUCGGAGCAUGGCUUGUUGAUGAAACGGUUGCUUCUCUUGCUGACCGCCUGCUUAUUCACUUCGACGGCUCUGAUCUCAUUUGGAUUUACUUCUUUCAAAGUGAUGCACCCUAUGUAUUCAAUGAUGAUUGUUGUAGAGGCCAUAAGUGUGCUUGUACGAAGUAUUUACGUGGGUUAUCGGAUAGGAUGGUGGCAAAUGGUACCAGAUGCUUCCGUACGAGAAACGGAAGCAUUUCAAAGACGUGUGUACAUGUCGAAGAGAAUCACUGACAUAGUUUUGAAUUCUCUUGCAACGCUACUGUACACAUUGUAUCUGGUAACCGGAACCGUAAUCAACGGAAAGCUCAUUGCACUGGUAUUCGUCGCCAGACUCUCACAUCACCUCCAUCGUACCGUAUGCAACAUAUCGGAUCACUUCAAAGGUCUCGGCACAUCGAAAUUCCUUGACUAGACACGUGAUUGAGUUUUCUCCUCAUACCGUAAUAAGCGCAUACGUGCAUGACAUAAUAUGUUACUAAACGUGGUUUCUAUCGAAAUAUGUACCCAAUUGUCGAAUGACGUCUAGGUGCUUAUUUAAUUACCAUAUUCAUCUUAUGAUCUCAAAUGACGUGUUGUAAGUCUGCCUCUGAGAGGUUUUGCGCUGGAAACGAACAACAAAUCAAAUUUGUAACAAUUUAUUAACGAUAGACAUGAAUAAAUGCGUUAUUAUGCCU